UAUAUCGACUUUGAAAGUGUUUGAUAUCUAUAUUUUUUCAUACAGUACCAAGGCAAAAGGACAUUCAACAUGAGCCUACAAAUCAUUGUUAUUGUGCUUUUUUGUGUUGGUGCAAGCUUGGGAGAAAAUACUCACUUCUGUGAGAAUUCACAGAGCCUCAGUGAUGUAAAAAUGCCAGGUUAUACGUUGACACAGGAGGAUUUUGAUAAUUAUGUCGUAGGUGCAACUCUAAGACAGGCUUAUAUUUUGCUUCCCGACCCAGCACCUUUUACAGUUAGUUCAAAUUUCAUCUGUGUGUUUACCAAGACCGAUGCUACAACCUACCAACGAGUUUGCGCUGGACUACCUACCUGUACUAAAUAUAACUUAACUCACACCAUAGCAACGCAGGGAAACAUGGUCUCUUUCCCGUACACAGAUCCAAAUAAUAAUGUAGUUAAUGAGUACUACUGGUCCCCAUGUCCGAGUCAUUUCAUUCUGAAGAGUCAAUGUCCAAGUGACAGUAUUCUACCGAACAACAAAUGUGCACUGUCGGGCGCCCGGAUAACCGUGUAUUUGGUUGGAGAUGUUAAUCUAAGUAAUGCUCCGUGGAAUGAUAUUUCCAAAGAAAUAUUCACUGCAACCGGGGUCAAGUUUGGAGAGAUAGAUGGAAUGAAUUGGUUUUAUUCAACAAGUACCGGAAAUCCGUGUGAUGUUUAAAGUAGACAGAAAUUGAUGAAACCGGAACAUAUUGUACAUCCAUGCAAUAUUGAAUUAAUUGAAUUAUUAACAAUAAAUAGCAGCCGCA